AUUGGCAGCCGGCGGGGGGCGGGGCUGCUCCGCGCCUGGGCGAGAGGCGCUCGCGCGCCGGCCUCACACGCCCCGCCAUGUCCCACCUGCCGGGCCCGCGCGGGGCUCCGCGCUCCCCCGGGGCCUUCGACCUGGAGGCGGAGCGGGAGCGGAUCCGGCGGGAGAUCGAGGAGCUGGAGCGGAGCCUGGGAACUGGCGGGGCCGUGUCCGACUGCAGCCUCAGCUCCGAUGAUGAUGAAGAUGACGACUCCGAUUCUCAUGGUGAAAUGGAAAUUGAAAGAGAAGGUGACACCAGUGAUGAUGACGUUGAAAGUCUGCCACAGGACCCAGAAACAUGUCUGCAGAUGAACCAUGUGUAUCAGGAGAUUAUCCAGGAAAAGCUUGAGGAGGUGGAGCUACUUCUCGCACAAAACAGAGAACAGGAGAAGGAAAUCACGUCUGAGCUCAGUGGUCCAAAAAUAGCAAAGGCAGGAGAUGGCAGAAAUCUACCAGCAAAUAUAUUUCUGGGUCAUUUUAUGAAGCCAUACUUCAAGGAUAAAACAACAGGAAUUGGUCCUCCUCCCAAUGAAGAUGCCAAGGAAAAGGCAGCUCAGGGCAUAAAAUCAUUUGAACAACUGCUGUCAACAAAAUGGAAAAGCCGAGAGAAGACGUUAUUGGAGAAAUCAAUAGUAAGUGACCGCUUGCAGCGCCUGCUUCAGCCAAAGUUAAUGAAGAUGAGUUAUUGGAAUCAGAAGCUGGAAAAAGUCAAGACUGAAAUGGAGAAGCAGGUCUUGGAAAAGCAAAUCAAAGAAGUGGAGCAAGAAAUACAGGAAAUUAACCAACUUCCAGAAGGUGACUUGAUAGGAAACAGAUUUGAUGAGCAUGACUGGGAGAAAAUUUCAAACAUCCACUUUGAUGGACAACGUAGUUCAGAAGAACUGAGGAAGUUCUGGCAAAAUUGGGAGCAUCCAAGCAUCAACAAAAAGGAAUGGACUGAGGAGGAAAUACAGAGGCUAAAGGAGAUAGCUGCUAAACACAGUUAUCUGGACUGGCAGACGAUAGCCCAGGAGCUGGGGACAAACAGGACUCCUUUCCAGUGCUUGCAGAAGUAUCAAAUCAAUCUAAAUAAAGAUUUGAAGAGGAAAGAAUGGACUAAAGAUGAGGAUCAGAUGCUUUUGGAGCUUGUUCAAGAGAUGAGAGUAGGAAGUCAUAUCCCAUACAAGAAAAUUGCUUAUUACAUGGAAGGAAGAGAUUCUGCUCAGCUGAUUUACCGAUGGACAAAGAGCGUGGACCCCAGCUUGAAGAAAGGGCCCUGGACACCAGAGGAAGAUGCUAUGCUGUUGGCUGCAGUUAAGAAGUAUGGAGCUCGUGACUGGUAUAAAAUUCGGACAGAAGUGCCAGGGAGGAGCGAUGCUCAGUGUAGAGAUCGGUACUUAAAAGCGUUGCACUGUGAUGUAAAGAAAGGCAAGUGGAGUUUAGAGGAAGAGGAGCAGCUGAUUGAACUGGUUCAAAAGCAUGGUCUGGGUCACUGGAGUAAAAUAGCUUCCGAAUUGACACAUCGGACUGGCUCCCAAUGUCUAAGCAAGUGGAAACUCAUGAUUGGGUCUAAGAAAAGAUCUAGGUCACCAAAGCACCACCAUGUGCAAGAGAGUUCCAGCUCUUCAGAGAGCAGCAGUGAAGACGAAGAACUGGACUUAUCAGACAGUUCAGAGGAGGAGACAACGAGCAAGGAAGAGUGUGCAAUUCCCAGCAUUGAUUUGUGGAUACCAACGCAGACAAAUACACAGGAGUCAAGCAAAGAACUGUAUCAAACUCCAUCCCUUUUCUCUCCCGUGAGUGCUGAUGUGAACACUAGUAGCAGUGAAUUUCCAAGUGAUGGAGACGCGGAUAAAUCGUCAGAGUUGAACACCCUCCUGAGGGGCAUUGCCCGUCCACAUUCAACGGACAUCACUGUGAAGAACCCAGUAGAAGUAAUAAACAAAGCUUCCAGAUGUGGAAAGCAAGUGCUGUGGGUUUCCCUGGACGAUGUGAGAAGAAUAUUAAGACAUAACACAUGCGUUCAGAGGAAGCUUAUACUACAAUCUUCUGCCACUGUUUUAAGAAAAAUGUCUGGCAUGAGUACUUCUGGUGGCCAGAAGCUUCCAGGGCUGCAGAACUUCACGGAGAAAACUAUUCGUCAAGAGAGAGAGCGUUGGAGAAGAAUGAACCUUGACAGAAAGCUGCUUAUGGCAGUGACACCUUGGGUGGGCAACGUACUGCUGCCUUGCACCUUGCAAACUGGGAAGAUGGCUUUUCAUCAAACGAAAGCUCAUUCUAUUCAAGAGAAGAUGAAGUCGAUCAGUCUCGCAAGCACUCCACUCUUCACACUGUUCAUUCAGCUCUUUCAGAUCGAUACCAAUGGCUGCAUGAAGAUUAUUCGUGAGAGGAGGCUACGGCAGUUGGAGCUGCUUAGGGCUAAUGCAAGAAGGCCUCAGCAGGCUUCCCAAAGUACGGAGACUUCUUCAGCCAAUUCUCCACAGUCUUGCACUCAAAGGAACUCCCAAAGGGGCAUACCAAGAAAUGCUGUCAGGAGACCUGUUGCCUUAAAAGCAAGGGAGACUUCUGCUGCUGUCUCAAAGAGCCUCGCUCCUGCCACUCAGGGAGCUCUUCCAGCCCAAGGGCAAAGGCAAAAGCCUAAAACUGUCUCAGAAUUACUGAGAGAGAAGCGGCUGAGAGAAUCUCGGGCUGAGAAAGCUGUGCAGAGGACAGUACUUGUUGCUCCACAGAUGCUGGUUUCGGGGCCUCUGAUAAUCCAGCAUCCACCACAGCAAAUCAUUCCUUCUGCAAACGCAGGGAGCAAACCUGCAGCAGCUGGCUGUGCAAAUAGCCCAGUGCAGUGUGCGCCAGCGCCAUUGCCAGCACAUGCUUCCCUUGCAGGUUCAACUACCACUGUUGUGCUUCAAAACCAUUCCUCAUCAGUGCCAGAAACUGGGGAAAGCCCUGAUUCCUCACAAGGGACAGAACUGCAGUCUAAUAGGGAACUAAAAGAGCAAUCGUCAGAAAGUAGCCCUGAAGGAAGGGUUUUUCCAGGCAUGAAUCCAGCUGCAGCAGAGAAGGCCCCAAAUCCGGGAGGGUGCAAUGGUCAGGUCCUUGCUGGAAGCUCAGCUUCAGUAGUGUUGCAAAACCAAGCUUUUGUGCCACAUCAAAUUACAGUGGUGCCUGUUGGCAUUGAGUCUGGCACCAACAAGUUGUCUCUUGCCACACCGGUUGCCUGUGAGCUGAAUAGUAACGGGCCACAACAGAGGCCGGUCAACCUAUUGCCUGCUGUUGUAACUCCACAAACUGGUUCUUCUUUGAUUGCCAACAGCAUACUGCCACUCACAUGGGUUGUAACACCACAAGCUUUGCUCCCUACUGCCGUACAAACACUGGUGGGUGUUCCCCAAGGACUGCCAGCUGCUGCUGUGGGAAGUCAGUGUUGGACAACUGUGACUUCCAGUGGCAACGUGUCUGGCUUAGCAGUGCCUCCGGUACUGGCUGCAGCAAAUACGCCUCACCCCAGCAGUGCAGAGACAAAAGCACCGAGCGCCCAGUUGACAGAAGGAAUUCCUCUGGGAAAGACAGCUGUCUGUUCCACGAUUCCUUUCCCUAUGACCUCGUCAAGUCCUGGAUGCACCACAUCCAGCGUUUCUUCUGCAACGCCUUUGUGUCCAGAUGGCUUCUCCAAGGCUUCUGACUCCUCUGCAGCUCAGACAGCUCCUCCAGCUGAUGCACCAGCUCUGCAUGCUGAGCUGCAGCCCCAGAGACCCACAAGCACUCCAGGGACUGAUUCCCAAUGUGUGUCGUGUCUCUCCAGCUUGGGAAAGAGACAUGAUUCCAUUACAACAAGUGGAUCAUCUUCCAAUCCAAGCAUUGCCACAGAAGGGAUUGUGUUCCAUCCAGGAGAUCCAGUUCCUCAUAACAACGUCCCAAGGAACACAGAUGGCUCUGCAGCACAAGCAUUGAAACAUAGACCUAUUGCCUCCAAGCCGCCGACUACACAGCCUGCUGCCAACCCACCCCAGCCAACAACUUCCAGUGCAGAAAAGAAUCCACUUGACUUCAGCAUGAUUUCCCUAGAAGAUGGUGAGCUGGUGAAGGAGUGGCUGAGUGGGAAACACGGUGUCCAGGUACCAUCACUGAAAACCAGGCUGCCUUAUUUGCCACCUUUUCUGUGCACUUUAAAAACCCUUUCGAAGCUACUUCUGCAGAAAGCAGCUCUGGAGGAGCGAGCGGCGUCUCUUCUGCCUUCUGAUGCCAGUCGAGAUGAGGGCACUGGGAUUGAUCUGAAUGCUAUCACAGAACUGGUGGAGCAGAAACUUGGCGAUAACCCUGCUUACCUCCUACUGAAAGCCAGAUUCCUAGCAGCCUUUACACUCCCAGCUGUACUGGCAACUCUGCCUCCUCCAAAAGUGGCGACAACUCUGUCAGCCAGCAGGAAACAAUUUGAAGAGAGUGACAAAGAGGAGUGGCAGAGUGAAAAGGAAGCAUCUGAGGAAGAGAGUUGUGAGAAUGAAUUAACGGGGGCAGGGUUGGAUCGGACAGUUGGUGAUGAGCCUGGAGACAAAGAUGCUGAUUUACUAAAUCAGGGCAUGGGAGCUGAGGAGAUGGCUGCACAAUCUGUCUUGGACUCCUGCUCUGAUGUGGCUGAUUCCAGUGCUCCUCAAAUCAGAAGAAGUACCCGCUUCAGGAAAAGGAGGAGGAUGUGAGAGGAAAUAUGUUAGUAGGAGUUGCUCGGAUGACGUCUGCCUUCCUACAUGGCAGUAGGAGAUGCUCUUUGCACUAUUCACUUUUGACACUUCAAACAAGCCAGUGGACCUGGGGAAGAGAGGGGAAUGGCUGGACUGGUUUUCCCAUCACCAAACA